GAGAGAGAGAACUUGAUUGCCUCCCAAUCAGUGAUCUCUUGUUUAGUCAGUCGGUGCUGCUGUCGGUGUACCGGAUGGGUGUGAAAGCGGCUCAGAGACGCGCUGGGACUCGAACCAGGAGUCAGAAGUGUCCCUCCAUCCGAGCUGCAAACAUGAGGCUGCUGCUCCACUUGUGAUCCUUAUUUCCCCCUCCGCUACAUCUCUGCACAGCCUCACAUCUGCCUGACGUCGUUAUUUAACUCGCUGGGCUGUCAUGACCUCCACUGACAGCUCCAAAUGCCCAUCGGUGUUGGGGGACAGGAGACGCGGUCCUCUGGAUCAGCUCCCGCCGCCGGCCAACACCAACAAGCCGCUGACGCCCUUCAGCAUCGAGGACAUCCUCAGCAAGCCGUCCGUGAGAAGGAGCUACUCCCUGAGCGGGCCGGUGCACCUCCUCUCUCCCGGAGAAAAGGUGCCAACCGCGGGUCACAGCUUCUCCGGCCGGGCGCUGCUCAGCCAGACGUCUCCUCUGUGCGCCCUGGAGGAGCUGGCGAGCAAAACGUUCAAGGGCCUGGAGGUCAGCGUGCUGCAGGCUGCCGAGGGCCGAGACGGUCUGACGCUCUUCGGUCAAAGGAACACACCGAAAAAACGUCGGAAAUCCCGCACGGCUUUCACCAACCACCAGAUCUACGAGCUGGAGAAGCGCUUCCUGUACCAGAAGUAUCUGAGCCCGGCGGACCGGGACCAGAUCGCUCAGCAUCUGGGUCUGACCAACGCUCAGGUCAUCACCUGGUUUCAGAACCGGCGGGCGAAGCUCAAGCGGGACCUGGAGGAAAUGAAAGCCGACGUGGAGUCCGCCAAGGCCGCGGGCGCUGUGGCUUUCGAGAAGCUCUCCAAGCUGGCCGAGCUGGAGAAGUGCGCGGCUGGAGGUCUGGGAGGGAGGAUGGUUCCUCCACCGGCAGACACCGAGCGAGACGUGCUCUCCUCGGGGUCGCAGCACGACACCAGCCUCGGCCCGAGCAGGCCGCGCAUGUCCGCUCCAUCCCCGGCCCCAUCCAUGUGCACAGACCGACUGAGCAGCAAGCGUUUCUCUGAGGAUGAAGAUGAGGAGAUAGACGUGGAUGACUGAAAUAACGGGCUGUCAGUGGCACACAAGGACAGUGACCAGUUUUAGCUGACAGCAAUUCUGGAUUUUUUUCAGAAGUCAGUGGUGAUGAGAGAGAAGCCAUCCUGUGGGACUUUUACCCUCAGAACACGUGUGAUGGGUUCACGUGCAAACAGAUCAACAGAGACAUGCAGAAUGAUCUACACUACCAAUCAAAAGCUUGGACACACCUUCUCAGUCAAGGCUUUUUAUUAAAAUAUUUUAUACAUUGUAUAAUAAUAAUAAUAAUAAUAAUAAUAAUAAUAAUAAUAAUAAUAAUAAUAAUUAGGGAUGUCCAGUAAUAUCGGCCCACCGAUAUUAUCGCCGAUAUUGGCAUAAAAAACUAAUAUGGGUCAAUGUCCUUAUAGUUUAUUUUCCUAUCAUGAAAACCGAUAAAAUAAUGCCUGGAUUUCAUUGGCAUUUACUCAUAGAGGGAGAAGGGAGACUGUGAACUGUUGUCUGAGACAAUUAAAAAUAAAUAGGGCAUUUUUCCUUAACUUCAGUUGAAAUAGUUUUCUUAUUUUGCACAGACAACGUUUAAAUUUGGAAAGUUUUGUUUCAUUUGAGAAUGCAUGCAGUGGGGAAUCACAAUAAAAUUAGUCAUAAUGUGUUAAUUCCACAACAGGAGAUAUGUGAUGUUAUCUGAAAUGAGUUAAAUAGCCCACAUAUAUCGGUUGAUAUCGGAAUUGGAAAUUGCGAGUUGGACAAUAUGGGUUAUUGGCAAAAACAAACAAACAAAAAAAAAACUAUCGGACAAUACAUUUUCUUUAUCUAGCACUUUUCAUUUAAAGAAAUCUCAAAGUGCCACAAACACACAGUAAAAAGAAACAGUACAAACACUUAAAAUUGAAAUUUUAAAACGAGUCCUUAAAGUUCACAGAAUCUUUAAAAAGGAAGGAGCCACUGUCUGUGAGGUCCUGAAGUUAAUACUGCAGACAUCAAAACUAUUUAAAAAAUACAUAUCGAAUUACGUUGUAAACAAAAAAAGUGUCCAUCCUCAGUAAAACAAAACAAUACAAAUAAUAAAAAGCAUUGAAUGAGAAGGUGUGUCCAGACUUGUGAUUGGUUGUGUAAAUGCAGGUGCAACACACACACACCAGUUUAUGUGAUCAGAAAUAUUUCACAGCAUGAUUUAUUCAUGUCCUUUUCCUCUCCACAGCUGAAAGGCCUCUAGAAUCAUUUUAUAAGCUCGCUCCACUUGUUUCCAGCCUUUUGAUAUCGCUCUGAAUUGAUAAUCACGCACAGAUAAACGUGCAGCAGCUUGUAAUAAUCCACGAUUUAAUAUAUUUCUAACGCUUUGCUACACCCUUUAAGUGCCUUUAUCACAUAGCCCACAGAAAGCAUAAACCUGUACAAAUUGUAAUGUAAAUAAAACCUUUUCAAAUG